AUGGCGGAAGAGGAGGGGCAGGAAGUCAUCUUCACGGAGAACACGGCGCCCGACCGUGAGAUUUGGGAUGAGAAGGGUGGCCUCAUCAAGAAGGGUGCCGCUGAGAUUGCUGAGCGAGACCAGGACCACGUGCCCGAAGUCAAGGUGCUGACCACACUCGGGAUGUUCGCUGUGCCGGUGACGGCUGAGACCACGAUCGGCGAGAUCCGUCAGAAGGUACAGGAGUGGAAGCCGGAGUACUCCCUAGAGCAGAUCGAGCUGGUCUGCAAGGACAAGGUGGCCCUGUGGAUCAAGGAGAAGAACGAAGAGACAGGAGAAUGGGAGAGUACGUUUUGGAAGAUGCUGGAAGAGUCCAAGUGCGAGGGGCAGGAAGUCAUCUUCACGGAGAACACGGCGCCCGACCGUGAGAUUUGGGAUGAGAAGGGUGGCCUCAUCAAGAAGGGUGCCGCUGAGAUUGCUGAGCGAGACCAGGACCACGUGCCCGAAGUCAAGGUGCUGACCACACUCGGGAUGUUCGCUGUGCCGGUGACGGCUGAGACCACGAUCGGCGAGAUCCGUCAGAAGGUACAGGAGUGGAAGCCGGAGUACUCCCUAGAGCAGAUCGAGCUGGUCUGCAAGGACAAGGACGCCUGGGGGCCUUUGUUCAACAAGACUUCCCGGCCACGUGAUGAUGACGAGACCGUUGAGUCACUGUGGAGUGAUUGGGACAUUCCCCGCCGCAUGAUGCAGGUGGCCCUGUGGAUCAAGGAGAAGAACGAAGAGACCGGAGAAUGGGAGAGUACGUUUUGGAAGAUGCUGGAAGAGUCCAAGUGCGACGAUUGGAGCUUCCAGGGCCACACGAACGCGCCUGCUAGUCCUUGCCGCGACAGCCGAUCUUACAACACGCCAAGUAAAGAGUGCCGGGCCGUUCUCCUUGAAGAGGUUGGCCCUGCGCGGGCCCGCCCCACGAACCACCAGCGCUCCCAGGCCAGUGAGGAAGCAGGCGAGAACGAGGCGGAGCCAGAGGGCGCCGAGCCCAACCAGGAGGCACCCGAGCCCUCCGGGCCCACAGGUGCCCACAUCAAGCAGGUCAUUUGGUUCAAGGAGUGCGGCUGCACAGGAAUGGAAAUCGAGGCGGUGAGCUUCCUGCGGGGUUUAGUCGCCAGGCUGGGGCCUGAGCGGGUGAAGACGAACCGAUGCGCGGAGACCUGCCAGUGGCCAGGCGAAGUCGCAAAGGCCCUCCAGGAAAUAUCGGUGGACGAGAGCAAGUUGCUUUCCGAGGUGAAGGGGCAGGGCUACAUGGUUGUCGUCCAUGCUGCUUACCUGGGUGUGCUGGCGACCCAGCAGGAAGUUGUGCAGAAGCUCCUGUGGGUAUGGCGUGGCAAAAAGUCUAUCCCCUGCAAUGCAGGGCAAGUGCCGGGGCGGCAGAUGCAGCUCUGGUCCGAAGUCAUCUCCAAGGAGGCCAAGGACCAUCCAAGCCACGCGCUGAACACGCACCCGACCCUCCGACGCAGCCACCUGGAGCCGCCCGGGAAUCCCAAGGAGUUCUUCAACAACUCCUGGUGUGCCAUUGGAAGAAGUUACCACCAAGCAGCCGGCGUUCCAUCGCCCUUCGUUGAGAUGUCUAGACGUUACAUGGGCGUUCAACAGCCCUACUCACGCCCGGACUCGCGACCGGCCUCCCGCCCGGCCACCGGCAACGGCUUCGGCAUCAGCGCACCCCCGGCGGACUUGCCACUGCGGCCAGCGACUGGCAGUGUCCAGUCCUUCCGCUCGCAGCGCUCCAGGUCCUCCUCGCGGGGUGCCAUGCCCCGCUUGGCCUGA